AUGGCAACUACUCAAUCUACUGAGUUCCCGUCGCUCGACGAUGUUCGCUUGCCCUCAACACCAGAAGACAAAGAGCUUCUCAAAGAGCUCAAGCUGGCUUGGGAUCAGCAUUCAGCUCAAUGGGAUAACGAUACCAAGCACGAGUUCGUCGAUCGCAUCCUCAAAGGAUACACAAAAGUCACAAAUACGAACCAGGCUCAACCAAGUGCCCAUCGACUCUGGAAAGCCGGCAACAUUACCUUCGCCGUAUGGAUAAUCUUACGGGUCACUUAUGACGAAGAAAAACUCUCAAAGCCCAGAGAAUGGCUUCGACACAAAUACAAGAACUUCGAUCCGCAGUCUUGGGCGAGCCCUGUGCCCAAGAAGACAGCAAAGCCUCCAGGGACCAAAGCCAGAAAUACAUUCUCCUCAAAGGAGAACCUUAGAUCACAUGCGAAGUCUCAGGAACCCAAGUCUCCGCAGUCGAUUGAGGCUAUGGAGAUCUGUGAAGAAGAGGCCGAUUAUGACAACAUUCACGGAGACGGUACUUAUACAGACAACGAUGACGGAGAUGAUCAAGAUGAAACAAAUCCCAAGCCAAUUACCCGAAGUAGGUUCAGGGCGGCCAACGUUCCUGAGCCAGUUCGAGACCUAUCCCGAAAGCGUGGAACUUCUAAUGCUUCUGUGAAUCUCCUCUGCACAAAAGUGCAGAAGACAGACUCUCCUAAAACUCCAUUAUCGGCUGACACCGACCAUCCACUUGAGCCUUCCGGUCCCUCAACGGCACCCACAGUCGACAACCAGGCCCGGGCUCGUCCUCUCGAGUGGAAAGCUAAGCUCCAGGACCUUAGGGUUUAUGGGCGUGGCCUGAAUCAAAAUCGACAUGUACUCAACCGCCCGGUGUUUACUGGUGGCCAGGCCUCUUUACCGCCUAAUCCGACAGACGUUUCGUUCAUGCAGGAGUCUUAUGAUCCAAAUGGCUUCCGAAGAAGUCAAGAACCAAGUUUGCGCUCAAGUGCCCCUGCUCUUUCUCUCGAGAAGAGGGCAAAUGAUCAGAUUUUUUUCAGGAGAUCCUAG